GCACGGCCAGUGUUUCAGCAUGUUCGUACCCGCCAAGAGCGCCGCGGAGGGGUCGAAGUUCACUCGAGAAUCCGUAACAGUGGUCGAGUCGGACGGGUCCCGAACGAGAUCUACAACGACAACGACGUUGAUGUUCGAGGAUACGACCCAGGUGAAGAAAAGCAGACGUGAACCUCUCGUUUCCUCGACGGGUCAGCGUGACUUGAAGAGAACUUCUGCCAGACCGUCGUCGCCGUACAGGCCUGGAUCUCUAACGUUCUCCUCCUACACGCCACCGCCCCUGAUAAACACCUACAGGGUAUCCGGAUACAAGUAUCUUGACAGCAAGUACCCCACUGUUGAUUACAAAUCCGAUCUGAACCAGAGCAAGGUGAUCGCUCCUGUUACGACCACUAAAGACAAGACCACAGUAAACGGUCGCUACAAACCGAUAAUAGAUCUUGAUAAACAACCACGGAAAAUGGGGUUGCUAAAUUCCAAGGUGUCUUUGGGUUCGGAAAACGAUGAGCUAGGAGAGCGAGGAUCAGGAUUCCGCAAGCAGACUGAUAUCCAGGACUUCUACAAGAUCCGAGAUGAGUGCCUGGCGGAGGGGAAGCUCUGGGAGGAUCCAGAGUUUGAGGCUGUCGACAGUUCCAUCUUCUUCAGCCGGUCCCCUCCCCGACCCUUUGAGUGGAAACGUCCUAUGGAAAUCGUUGACAACCCACGUCUUUUCGUUGAAGGUGCUACAAGAUUUGAUGUCCAACAAGGAGAACUGGGUGACUGCUGGCUGCUUGCAGCUGUGGCUAACUUGACUCUGCAGCCGACACUGUUCCACCAGGUGGUCCCUGAUGACCAAAGCUUCGUUGACAAAUACGCUGGCAUUUUCCAUUUCAGGUUCUGGCAGUACGGGCGAUGGGUCGACGUGGUGGUGGACGAUCGUCUCCCGACGUGCUACGGCAAGCUGGUCUACCUCCACUCCAGUCAGUCCAAUGAGUUCUGGAGUGCCUUACUGGAAAAAGCUUAUGCUAAGCUGCAUGGGUCAUACGAGGCCCUGAAAGGUGGCAGUACAUGUGAGGCCAUGGAGGACUUCACAGGUGGUGUCUCUGAAAUGUACGACUUGGAGAAACCUCCAUCAAACCUCUUCCAGAUUCUGCUCAAGGCCUUUGAGAGAAACUCCUUGAUGGGAUGCUCCAUCGAGCCGGACCCCAGUGUGACGGAGAUGCAGACAGCGGAAGGACUGGUCAAGGGACAUGCCUACAGUAUCACAAGGGUGCAGUACGUAGACAUAAACACACCCAACACUCAGGGCAAGAUACCACUGCUCCGACUGCGCAACCCUUGGGGUAACGAGGCUGAGUGGACGGGUGCUUGGAGUGACAAAUCACCGGAAUGGAGAUUCAUACCGGAGUCAGAGAAGCAGGAAAUUGGACUGGUGUUUGAGGAGGAUGGGGAGUUCUGGAUGUCCUACCGAGACUUCACCAAGUACUUCAUGCGGCUGGAGAUUUGUAACUUGAGCCCGGACUCGCUGACUGAGGACGAGGUGUCUGCCAAUGACAAGAAGCGGUGGGAAAUGAGUGUGUUCGAGGGGGAGUGGGUACGUGGAGUCACCGCCGGUGGUUGCAGGAACUAUCUGCAGACGUUCUCGCGGAACCCCCAGUACACGAUCACACUGACGGAUGUGGACGACGAAGAUGAGGAGAACAAAUGUACGGUAAUCGUUGGGCUGAUGCAGAAGAACAGAAGAUCUCAACGGAGACUGGGGAGAGACUGUCUCACCAUCGGCUUUGCUGUGUACAGGCUGGAAGAUCCUGAAAACCUACCAACACCACUGGACACCAACUUCUUCACGUACAACGCGUCGGUGGCACGGUCGCCCUCCUUUAUCAACAUGCGGGAGGUGAGUAGCCGCUUCACACUGCCGCCCGGAGUCUACUGCAUCGUUCCCUCCACCUUCGAGCCCAACGAGGAGGGCGAGUUCCUGCUGCGAGUCUUCUCUGAGAAGAAGAACAACAUGGAGGAGAACGACACGGAGGUUGGACUCAAGGAGAUGGAUGACAGGGACCGGUACUACCACGGAGGACUUAGGAUGAGGACUGUAAAAGCCAAUGUGGUAAUAGAGCCGCCACAACCCGCUCCGGAGAUGAAGAAGGCCGACGAGAAGGUGAAGGAGUUCUUCCGCAAGCUGGCUGGUGAGGACAUGGAGGUCGACUGGAUGGAGCUGAAGGAGAUUCUUGAUUACGCAAUGCGCAACGAGGUAUCAUCCUCGUCACCUCUUGGGGGCGGAGGCGACAAUAUCAUCACCAACCUGCUCUCGUUGGUAUGCGGCUCCUUCUUUCAGGACUCCCCUCUGGCCUCCGUCUUCGAAAGUAAGGUGGGUGGAUUCUCUAAGGACAUCUGUCGCAGCAUGAUCGCGAUGUUGGAUGCUGACCAUUCCGGCAAGCUGGGCUUUGACGAGUUCAAACAGCUCUGGAUCGACAUCCGCCACUGGAAGUCGAUUUACCAGAUGUACAGCAAGGAGACACAAGGCUACCUGAGCGCGUUUGAGCUGAGAGAGGCCUUGAACUCCGCCGGGUAUCGGCUCAACAACCACAUCCUCAACAUCCUGGCUCACCGUUACGCCGGCAAGGACAGCAGGAUAUCCUUCGAUGACUUCAUCAUGUGUGCUGUCAAGCUGAAGACCAUGAUCGAGUACUUCAAGGAGAAGGACCUGUCCGACAGUAACAAAGCCAUGUUCACCCUGGAAGAAUGGGUGGAGAAGACUCUCUACUCGUGAACAUUCAAAGCUCUCUUCUUGUGUUCAGCUUGUGCGCGCAGUUGUGUUCAAUUCAGUUGCGCACACCUACGAAUCUCACUGUUAACUCGAUUCUAACUUCAGGGAUAAAGACUUUUCUCUUGUACUGAUCAAUAAUUUAGCCACCGUUAGAUUUUUUACUGCUGAAUAGUUCACUAGAAAAUUCUCUUUUGUACGUUUUAGCUUGAAGCGAACAUUUUUAUUAUUAAAUUUAACAACCAAUAUUUAAUAUCUUAAAUUAUAUUUUAGAACCUUUGUCUGUUUUCUAAUUCAAAAUCGUUAAAUGCCUUAAACUGUAUUUUUAAUAUAAGAAAAUAUUGUACUUCAACUUUCAGAUACCUACGUUAUAUUUAUUCAUUAAUAUAUUUAUUGCUUGAGGAUGUCAAACAACACUCAUAGGACAUGUGAGCAAAUCACUGUUUUGAUCCGGUUGAGAUUCUUCCAACAGUGAUUUUAAAUAUUUUGACUUCAUAUUUCCAUAUGUGCACAAGUAUUUUGUAUGCAAAGAUAAUUCACAUGUACAGAAGUAAUUUGUUAAGGUUUAUGUAUUGUUAAUAUUUUAUAAUAUGUGAAACAGUUUAUUUUGUUGUAUUCAGUUAUCGCUUGAUGUAUUUUAUUGUAGUUUAGAUUUGAAACGUAUUUUGUACAGCUAUAAAUACUAUAAACAGCUUUAUUUUUAUAAGUGUUCAAGCAUUGCACAUUUUAUCUGAGAGUUCUGGGUGAACAUGUAAUCAGACUUCCAAUGACUUCUAAAUGAAGUGUACAUUUGUUAAAAUCUACAAUUAAAAGUGAUAUAAAAGUGUU